UGUGCAGCAAGGCUAUUCACUAAAAUACCAUCUCGAUAUCGAAGCUCACUCAAGUGAGAUAGCUCACUUCGAAAGCAAUCUCACUUCACCUCAGAUUGGUAUUCUGUAAACAUCUGCUACACACAUGCGAAGUGAAGUGAGUUUGGAAUGCGAACUCGAACGACUAGGGAUGUGUUCUCUAUGAUUAGAGAAAUCGGUAAAAUAGUUAAAUCCUUCUGUUUGAAAAAUACGUACACAUUUCUGAUAAAACCUACGAUUUAUUGUUUUGUUACUAAGAAAUGUACACAUAAAAAAAUAAAUUUCAUUUUUUAAUGUAUGAAAUACCGAAAUUACAUAUACGACGAUAGACCUUUGCCGCAAAACGGCUGCGAAUUAAAAAGUUAAAAGUUUGUUUACAAUCCAAGUGACAUUAGUGAUCGAAUUCAAAUUGUGAUUUGUUUACUCUAAGUUUUGAGUGAUUUUUGAGCAAUUUUUUGAGUAUAUAGUUUAUAAAAAAUGAACACCAGUGAAAGAGCAUCACAUCCUUCUCGGGCUCAAAUUGAGUCUCUUUUGGAGUACCUUCAGAGAAACCCAAGCCUUGCAAAGGGUUUCUCUAAAGUGCCUAGUGCAAGGGACGCAACCAGAAGAUCUUGGGAGGCACUGGCACUCCAACUUAACAGCCUGGGAGGAUGUGUGAAAACAUCAAAACAGUGGAUCAAGGUUUGGAAAUUGAUGCUCUGCCUCAAACAGAAGACCAUCACAUUUACAGAAGCACUCCGAGCACACUGUCAGAUUCAGUCAUUUCUACUAGGCGCCAUCCAACCGUCGAGGUCGCCAAAGACGACUAACAGUGGCACCUCCAUCUCAACAGCUGUCUCAAUUCUCUAGAAUGACAGAGAGAUUGAGAGAACAGCGGGUUGAGUUGGGCCGCCCCAAUUCGUUGCUGUUUGAAAGGAUUGUCAACCAUACGUACGAAAGGGAUACGGUUAGGACAGAGCGAUUUGGCAGUAGAAGAACAGCGGAUUAAGGUGGACCGCCGCAAUUCGUUGGCAUCGCAGGCGAUCGGGGAUGGGUUAAAGCUACUGGCGGAAGCUUUGAAAAAAUAAUUAAUAGUAGUAGCUUUAUUGGAUCGUUUUUUGGAUCAUUGUCCUUUUUCAUAUACAUAAAAAAUAUUGUUUUAAAUCUAUCAUCCCUUUUCACUUUUAAAUCAAAUCAAAUGUUAUUUAUUUCAUGUAAGACAACUAGUAUCUCUUAGGCUACAGCCUACAGCCGUGGCUCUAUUAUCUUAAAUUAAAUUAGGUAAAAUUGUAAAUAUGUAAUUAUUUAGAUAAUAUUAUAGUGUAGGUAUAAGAAUACAGGAAAAAUUAGAAUUAUUUAUU